AUGCUAAAGCAAUGGGGUGAAGAGCAGUCAGUGCUGAACACAAGAGACCUCGUGAGGGAUAUCCCUCGUAAUGACGAUGCCAUGAAAGAACUGUUUGAACCUUACUUGAAGAGCAUUGGGCAAGAGGCUUUAGAGAAACACAGCAAGGCACCUAAAGCUCGUCUGACUGUUCAGACUGAAACAUCACAGAUAUUCACAGGCGAUACUGUCACUCUCACAUGUGACAUACAGUGGGAAGAUUGGACAUACACAUGGCAGUGUGGAGAUGAACAGCACAACACUAAUGAGGAAGAGUUCAAGAGCACUGUACAGUUCAAACAGUCAUGCAAGUGUAAAGGCUGCAGAGAAUCAUUCUGCUCUGAAUGGAGUGAUGCUGAGACGCUGACUGAUUCGGACAAGCCCAAAGUAACUGUAAAGCCCCAGAGUUCAGUGUUCACUGGAGACACAGUUACUCUGAUCUGUGAUGUGAGACGGUCAACUGAACGGACAAUUUACUGGUUCAAAAACUUUGAGAGAAUAAAAGCUUGCUCUAAAACAGAAACACUGAGAGAAGUGAGAGUCUCUGAUGGAGGAAGAUAUGCGUGUUCUGUAGAAAAUAAGACCGCACUUAGCCAAGGAGUCAUGCUAACAGUAGAAGAGAGACCCAAGCCUGUAGUGCGUGUCCAGCCUGAUGGACGUGUGUUCAGAGGACAGACAGUCACUCUCACAUGUGACAUACAGGACACAGACGUCACCAACUGGAGCUACAGCUGGAAUAAAGAUGAUUCAGAGAUUCAUGUCAGUCAAUCUCAGGAAUACAGAAUCAGUUCUGUUAGUGAAUCUCACACAGGUAAUUACAGCUGUACUGGAAGAGAAACAGGAGGAUCACGGUAUUCACACAGCAGUGAGAAAGUUACACUGACGGUAUCAGGUGAGUGUGAGAAUCUCAUCAAUCUGACAACAUUCGGACACUAA